CUGGAGGCUGAAUUAGUUAAGUAAAGUGUCAUACGGGAACCGGUCACUGCCAGGCUCACGUGAGUCUGGGGACGAGGCCUACGACGACCUUGGAACGAGAUCAUGGAACCCGCGGCCGUUGUCCCAGCUGCGCAUCUCAGAGUUGCCAAGAAGAUCGAGUACAGUCAGGAUACAGCUGCGACAUGAUUAGUCAGCUCAGGGGCGGAGGCCAUCUGUGAUUGGCUGCUUUCUCGAGGUCUAAUUAUGACGGCUCAGUGUGGAAUCCGAUACAUUGGCAACUGCGGUUUGAAAGUCACCAACAUUUGUCUUGGGGCUAUGACAUUCGGUGAGCGAAAGGAAGGUAUUAACCUGCCUGGUCAGUGCGAUGAAACUGCCUCGCAUGCUCUGUUGGACAAGUUUGUUGAGAUGGGAGGCAACUUUGUUGACACUGCCGACAGUUACUCUGGUGGCAAGUCAGAGCAGAUAAUCGGAACGUGGCUGCAAAAGCAAGAAAGGGAGAAGAUUGUUCUUGCAACGAAGGUUCGGUUUACAACAGGUAAAGGGGUGAACGAUAUAGGAUUGUCUAGGAAGCACAUCAUGUUUGGUGUGGAGCAGAGUCUAAAGCAUUUGCAGACUCACUACAUUGACUUGUAUCAGGUUCAUGGUUGGGAUGAUGGCACUCCUAUAGAGGAAUGGCUCAGCACUCUGAAUGACCUUGUUCGAUCUGGUAAAGUGCGCUACUUAGGUCUGAGUAAUGUUACCGGCUGGCAACUUCAAAAGAUUAUUGAGACAACGAAGACAAAAGGCUAUGAGCCAUUUUCCACUCUCCAGAUCCAGUACAGUCUGCUGUGUCGUGAGAUUGAGUGGGAGUUGCAAGAAGUGUGUAGGCGAGAAGGUCUUGGUAUCCUUCCAUGGAGUCCUUUGAAAGGAGGUUACCUCACAGGCAAAAUUGCUCGUGGAUUUGCACCAGAAGACUCUCGAGUUGCCUGGUCAGAAAAGGAACUAAAGAACAGGCCAAUCGAAGCAGCCCCAAGUCUCUCAACGUUUGCUGACGAUGAACGAGUCUGGAAGACUAUUGACUCACUCGAAGCUGUUGCAGCAGAAACAAGCAAAAGCAUGCCACAGAUUGCUUUGAAAUGGUUGCUGCAGCAAGACAUGGUGAGCUCAGUGAUCAUCGGCGCUAAGAAAAUGGAACAAUUGGUUGAGAACAUGGGAGCUGGAGAUGAUAGCUGGACGCUGUCUGAAGAUCAGUUGGGGAGACUGAAUGAUGCCAGUGCAGUGCCAGUGCCGUAUCCGUAUAGCAUGGUUAACAAGUUUCAAAAUGGACGCAGACGUAGAGGAGUUAGGGUUCUGUGAAUUGGACAGGUCAUUGAACGAACAUGGGCAGUAUACCAUUUUUGUCAAAUCAUUCUGUAUGUUCGACAAGAAUUCAGCAAUGAAUUGAAAAAUAAUAGCAAAUUGAAAAAAUAGAAGAGUAUAAACAGUAAUCUGUCGGACGUCUUACUGUGUAAUCGGAUGACUAAAUGAAUUAAUUAAUCUCAAACAAUCUCGACA